AUCACUCCGUCCAUGUCCAGCACCACAGCCUGGUCUUCCACAUGCUGGAGAAAAGAGGUGCGACACUGGAUGGUGUAGCUCUAACACGCUCCGGACACACACAGGUUGGAGAGCACGCUGAGCAGUUUUCCAUCCUGGUCCAGGCGAUAUUUAUAGAGGGACCAGUGGCUAGGGGGUUGGCAGCCUCCUAGUGACCAAGGAGGGGGACAAAACUGCUGCCCUGCUGUGGGAAUUCCCUGCAGGACUGUCCCUCAGGUUCUCAUCCCAGCCCCCCCCCCCCCCCUGCUCUCACACCUGCUUCGACCCCAAGCAGAUCAGAUGUGGCAGGGGGGGGGGGGCGGGUCAUGUGAUGGAGAGAUGGCUAUAAAUAGCUGGGGGUGGGCAUGCUGCCCCAGACGCCUUGGGACAGGCAAGAGGACAGGCUUGAGGAGCUGUACUGGGGGUUGGACGGGGGCAAGCAGGCCAAGGCCUGGCAGCGGGGGAGGGAGCAUGAAGCGAUCUGAGUCCCAGCUGCGUGGGCGCGAACAAAGCUGGUGGGGUAGUGCCCCCCAGUACCAGUACAUGCCCUUCGAACACUGCACCAGCUACGGGCUGCCCUUGGAGAAUGGGGGCCUCCAGCACAGGCCCCAGAGGGAUGCAGGCUCCCGUCCCAACGCCCACCCCACACAGAUUUAUGGCCAUCACAAGGAGCAAUUUUCAGACAAGGAGCAUGGCAUGGGGAUGCCCAGGAAGAUGGGCUCCAGUGCCACCAUGGACAGCACAGAUGAGGACCACUAUUCUAAAUGCCAAGGUUGUAUGUACCGCCUGGGACGUGUUGUGAGGAGGAAGUUAGGGGAAGACUGGAUCUUUCUGGUGCUUCUGGGACUGCUUAUGGCUCUGGUCAGCUGGGGCAUGGAUUAUGUUAGUGCCAAAACCCUCCAGGUCUACAAGUGGACCUAUUCCAACGUGCAGCCCAACCUGCCUCUGCAGUACCUGGUGUGGGUGUCCUUCCCACUUACCCUCAUCCUCUUCAGCGCCCACUUCUGCCACCUCAUCUCUCCCCAGGCUGUCGGCUCUGGGAUCCCUGAGAUGAAAACAAUACUUCGUGGGGUUAUCCUGAAGGAAUAUCUCACCCUCAAGGCCUUCGUGGCCAAGGUGGUGGCCUUGACCGCCGGACUGGGCAGUGGUAUUCCUGUGGGGAAGGAGGGCCCUUUUGUCCACAUUGCCAGCAUCUGCGCCGCUGUCCUCAGCAAGUUUAUGUCCGUGUUCUCCGGGGUGUAUGAGCAGCCAUACUAUUAUACUGAUAUGCUGACGGUGGGCUGUGCUGUGGGAGUCGGCUGUUGCUUUGGGACCCCACUUGGAGGAGUACUGUUCAGCAUCGAGGUCACUUCUACCUACUUUGCUGUGCACAACUACUGGCGAGGGUUCUUUGCAGCCACGUUCAGUGCCUUUGUUUUCCGUGUGCUGGCCGUGUGGAACAAGGAUGCUGAUACCAUCACGGCUCUCUUCAGAACCAAUUUCCGAAUGGAUUUCCCCUUUGACCUGCAGGAACUGCCAGCUUUUGCCGUCAUUGGGAUUUGCUGUGGGUUCCUGGGAGCUGUAUUUGUGUAUCUGCAUCGCCAAGUCAUGCUCGGUGUCCGAAAGCACAAGGCCCUCAGCCAGUUUCUUGCUAAGCACCGCCUGCUGUAUCCUGGAAUUGUCACCUUUGUCAUCGCCUCGUGCACCUUUCCACCAGGAAUGGGACAAUUCAUGGCUGGAGAGUUGAUGCCUCGUGAAGCAAUUAGCACCCUGUUUGACAACAAUACGUGGGUCAAACACGUGGGUGAUCCUGAAAGCCUGGGCCGGUCAGCUGUGUGGAUCCACCCACAGGUCAACGUUGUCAUCAUUGUUUUCCUCUUCUUUAUCAUGAAGUUCUGGAUGUCCAUCGUGGCCACCACUAUGCCCAUACCCUGCGGAGGCUUCAUGCCUGUGUUUGUGCUAGGAGCUGCAUUUGGAAGGCUGGUGGGAGAGAUCGUGGCCAUGAUAUUUCCUGAUGGCAUCUUAUUUGAUGGCAUCAUCUACAAGAUCCUACCUGGGGGCUAUGCAGUAAUUGGAGCAGCAGCACUGACGGGUGCGGUGUCCCACACAGUCUCCACAGCUGUGAUUUGCUUUGAACUAACGGGUCAGAUUGCCCACAUCCUUCCCAUGAUGGUGGCUGUUAUCUUGGCCAACAUGGUGGCUCAGAGCCUGCAGCCUUCCCUCUAUGACAGCAUCAUCCAGGUCAAGAAGCUACCCUACUUGCCUGACCUUGGUUGGAACCAGCUCAGCAAAUUUACAAUCUUUGUUGAAGACAUCAUGGUACGUGAUGUGAAGUUUGUUUCAGCUUCUUGCACAUAUGGGGAGUUGCAAACCCUGCUUCAGACCACCACAAUCAAGACUUUACCACUGGUUGAUUCAAAAGAGUCAAUGAUCCUGCUGGGCUCCGUGGAGCGGUCGGAGCUACAGGCCCUGCUGCAGCGCCACCUGUGUCCUGAGCGGAGGCUGCGGGAAGCCCGGGACCUGGCCAGGAAGCUGUCAGAGCUGCCUUUUGACGGGAAGGCGCGGCAGGCUGGGGAGGGGCAACGGGGCUCCUCGCCCCAGGGCCGACCGGAGUCCUUCGCCUUCGUGGAUGAGGAUGAAGAUGAAGAUCUCUCUGGGAAAUCCGAGCUACCUCCACUUCCUCCUCCUCAACCCAUUCCUACUGUUCCACUGCCCCCUGAAGAGCCCAACGGACCCCUGCCAGGCCUCAAACAGCAGCCAGAAGCACCGGAGCCUGCAGGUCGAAGGCGCUCCAUCUUUCAGUCUCUGCUGUGCUGCUUGCUGGGCAAAACUCGCCCCACAAAGAAGGAAACAAGCCAGGAUGCAACCGAUUUAGUGGAUAACAUGUCACCUGAAGAGAUUGAGGCCUGGGAGCAGGAGCAGUUGAGCCAGCCUGUCUGCUUUGAUUGCUGCUGUAUUGACCAGUCCCCUUUCCAGCUGGUGGAACAGACGUCCCUGCACAAGAUUCACACACUGUUCUCGCUCCUUGGUCUCCACCUUGCCUACGUGACCAGUAUGGGGAAGCUCCGGGGUGUGCUGGCAUUGGAAGAGCUGCAGAAGGCCAUUGAGGGGCACACCAAGUCAGGAGUGCAUCUCCGCCCUCCCCUGGCCAGCUUCCGGAGCACAACUUCAAAUCGAAUGACUCCUGCAGGCCCACUCCCUUCCUUGGAGGCCUGGAACCUGCCUGAGGAUGGAACUGGGGCCACUGAGCCAAAGGAUGUGGUCCCUACCUCCCCAGACACCCCUGAGCUGUCUCCCUCCCCAGAACCCCCACUUUGCCUGGCUCCAGCCAAAGCGGAAGGUGAGCUGGAAGAGCUGGAGCUGGUGGACAGUCCGGGGCUGGAAGAGGAGCUGGCUGACAUCUUGCAGGGCCCCAGCCUGCGAUCCACUGAUGAGGAGGAUGAGGAUGAACUGAUCAUUUGACCAUACCCCAGGACUGCCUCAUCAGCCUGUCCGUCAGGAGGCCCAGACCUGAGGGUGGAUUUGUGUGGGAGACUGUAUGUCCUUAAGUUGCGGAGAUCAGGCCAAUAUCCUGACCCUCCUGGGAAUUUUAAAAUGUGUCAAUGAUAGUCUUAGAGGAGGAGUAAGAAUUUGGACAGUGACUAGCAUUCAGACCAUCCACAGCUCCUUCUCUCAAGUUCCCCACCCCAUGAUCUCCCCACUCUUUGAGAUUUGCCUCCAGACUCUAUCUGACUCUCACUCUCUGUCCCCAAGAAAGGCUAUUACUCCGGCAGUGAAAGGCCAAUCCCAUUCCCCAUUCCUUGCCCCUGAUUUACACAGUGAAAUGCGGAUAAAAAGACUAUCAGGGGAGAAGCCUGGAAGAGCAAAUGUCACAAAAGGCUCUAUGUGGGAGGGGCAGGCACCUUGAGCCAAAUAGUCAUGCUGCCCCAUCAAACACCCUCCAUCAGAAAUCCUCCCUCACAUCACAGCUUCCUUACCUCAUCUCCAGGUCACUUCUUAGAAAAGUAUAACCCCUUUCUUCCCACUGUGGUCAUUGAUCUGUCCUUCCCAAGGGUUAGCUCUGCCCUCCAACUGCUCUGGCUGGAACCUCUCCUUCCAAGAAUCCUCCAGUUGGUCACUCAGACACCAGCCCUGAGAUGAGUUCUCUGUGUUCUUCUUGAGGUGGAGAGUUGGGGUUUCAAUGCCAAGAUGGCAGACCUCUUCAGUGCUUCCACACUUGGGAGGUCAGAACCAUAUCCUCCCCAAAUCGGCAACAGGGAGCCCGCCAUGAGCCUGCCUUUUCUGCCAGUGGUCCCAGGGGCUCUGAGCAUCCAAAAGCCCUUGCACCCACCCUCCAAGCUUUCCCCCUCCCCCCUUUAUGCCCUUUUGUUGUGUCCCCUCUCCAAUGUGACAUUCUCCUCCUUCACCUCCCCUGGGCCCAGUCUCCUUCAUCCCUCAAAUAAGACACUCACAGUCAGAGGAUGCCACCACAUUCUGUUUAGUGCCAUUGAACACAGCCUGGAACCCUCUCCAGCAUCACAUCCCUGCCCCCUUCCCAGGCCAAGAGAGAGAGUCCUGGGGAAGGGGCUGGCAAUGGGCCUUGGAGCCCAAUGCCCGUGUGUAUAUAAUCUAUAAUAUUUAUAUAUAUUUAUAUAUAUAAUUCUCUCUGUAAUAUAUGUCAUAGAAUCUCUCUUAGGCCUGGGGAAGAGGGGGGUCACAUUAAGAAAACAUGCUAAGACUACCACAAAAAUGGAUACUCCCCAGACCUGGAAGACGAGCAUGGGCUGUGUAGGUGGGAACAGGGAAGAGAUCAUAAACACAUUCACCAAGAUCCCCUCCUUAACACAGGAUAAGAAAGAAGGGGAGGAAGGGGGAGGCAGAAGGGGAGGGAGGAAUGGGUUUCCCUUUAAUAAAAUGAAAGUGAAAAUAAAAGUGCACCCCCACCAAAGAAAAUCAUUUAGCAAGAGCAGUUUCAUUCACAAUAAUAA